AUGAAGAUCUUUGCAAUUGUGUGCACUCUCUCGUGCCUGGCGUUGGUGUGUGCUGAACCACCUGUUCACGGCCACAAUGGGCACAGUAGCAAUGGCUACCCAUCCAGUACUGCCCUCCAGACACCCAAUAACAACUACUUGCCCCCAUCAACGUCCUACGGGGUGCCAUCAAACACCAACAACCACUACCAACCACGUCCCAGCAGCACCUAUGGCGCACCAUCAAACGGACACGGAAGCAACGGACACGGUAGCAACGGGCACGGCAGCAACGGACAUGGCAGCAAUGGACACUACCACACGAGCCAGUCAUCCUUCCAGGCCCCCAGUCAGCAGUAUGGAGCCCCAAGCCAACAAUACGGUGCCCCCAGUCAGCAAUAUGGUGCCCCCAGUCAGCAGUAUGGCGCCCCCAGUCAGCAGUACGGAGCCCCUGCCAUUACAGGUGCCACCUUCAAACCAAGCUCCCAAUAUGGCGCCCCAAGCCAGGGACACAGCAAUGGCAAUGGAUACCAAAAUGGCUACAGCAAUGGCGGCAGCAACGGAUACGGCAACGGAGGUUACGAAUACAAUGAGCCAGCCAAGUACUCUUUCGAGUACCAGGUUUUGGAUUAUCCAUCUGGAAAUGAUUUCGGUCAUAUGGAGUCUCGCGAUGGCGAUAGGGCUGUCGGUCGCUACUACGUCCUCCUUCCCGACGGUAGGAAACAAAUUGUGACGUACGAGGCUGAUGAGAAGGGAUACCGACCAACCAUCACGUACGAGGACACCGGUAAUGGUGCCAAUGGAGGUGGAAACUACGCUGCCAGCAACGGGACGUGUCGACGCACCUCCUGUCGCAGUCACUGCCAUCACAACACUGACUGUCCCGACAAGCUUCUGGUGUUGUGUGCUCUUAUUGGAUGCGUUGUGGGUGAGGCCCCUUAUGCACCAUCUGGAUGGAGACCACAGGGAGCUCAGUUCAAUCUUCCCCGAGAAUAUGGAGCACCUCAGCGUCAGAACUACGAAGUGGAAGUUACUCGGGAGAACGUUGAGUACGCUGGAACUGUGACGGAAAGUGUCGAAGAUGCACCAGCUGAUGAUGAGGAUAACUUCAGAGUUCAAGGUGCUCCCACCACAAAUCCUCCACGCUUCAACCCACCUAAACAGGCUCCUCCAGCUCGUCAGAGGGUUCAACAAUCCGCCUUCCGUGGCCAAUACACUGAUCCCCAGGAGUUCGAAGUUGCACGAAACCUGCAGUUUGGCCAAGUUAGAGCCAACGUGCAGUUCGGACGUCAGCAGGCUGGACCUCAGCAGUUUGGACAACAGCCAACCGGUCCACAGCAGGAAUAUGGACCACCAGCUCGCGGUAACCAACCACAGCAGCAACCAGAUGAUGAUAGUGAGGAAAACGACAACGAGGAUGGAAACGGUGGUCAAACCGUUGUUGCAGUUGCUAAUGCCGGAGGAUCAUCAGGCCAAUACUACGUCCUAUCUCCUGAUAACAGCCUGCAACGUGUAAUGUUCCUUACGAGGCAAACAGAGGAGGAUCGUCGUCGCAAUGGCUUCACAGCCCAACUCAGGUACACACCAGUUCAACCGAUCGUUGAUCCAGUUUACGUCUACAAUGAGCAAGGACAGCUGAUUCGUGUGUUCAACAAGUAA